GCUGCGAGGGCCUUCUUGGGGCCCUGCUUGGUUGCCGGGGCGUGGAGGACAGGGAGGCUUUCCCUUGUUCCACUUUACCACCCCUACACGGGGUCCAGGAGGACAGUUCUCGUCCGGCACAGGGGGACCCGGGAGGGAUUGGGAGGGCCUUCGGGGAGCCGCCGCCUCCCAGAACCGAUCCCAUUCAUCGCCUCAGCGGCGCGGCCACAGGAUUUUGCUUCUGAGGUAGAAGUCCCACGGAAGAGAUGGCAUCAGGAGAUUUCUGCUUGCCUGGAGAGGGUAUGGAAUUACUCCAGCAAGUAUGCAACAAACGGUUGCCACCUUGUAACCUGACUGAAGAAGACCUCUUGCAGAACCCUCAUUUUAGCAAGCUCCUGCUAAGUCUCUCUCAAUACAUGGAUGAGAGUGGUUUAAGCACCACCCUUGCAGAAGAGCAAGCUGAGGCAUGGAAGGAGGUCCGGCUGCAAAAGACAGCGUGGCUGAGGUCAGAAAUUCUGCAGAGACUUAUACAGGAAAUGCUUGUGGACUACUACGUGAAGACACAGGAUACAAAUCUGACCCCAGAGGAUAAGAAGUUUCAUGAAUCCCUUGAACAGAGGUUACUAGUGACUGAACUGACUCGACUUUUAGAUCCGAGCCAAAAGAAAGAGAUGCCACCUUUGCUGGGCCUGGAGAAGUCAGACUUGCUAGAACUGAUGCCCCCUUCAGAGGAUUUUAUGAGAAUGAGGGAGUGUCUCCAGCCAAAAAUUGAGGAAAAACUGAAGAAAAAGUGUUUCACUUUGCUUUGCUACCAUGAUCCCAAUUCAGAUUCUGAUAGUGAAACACUGAAAGCAGCAAAGGUAUGGCAGCUGGCAGAUGUACUGACAAGUGAGAAGCAGGAGAACCAGAAUGCUAAGAAAAAGCAGAAGGAACAGACAGUGCUACUGGAAAAGCAGAGCUCCAUCUAUUCUCAGGUGCUCCUCCGCUGUCUUUCACUGCUGCAGAGGCUUCUUCAGGAACACCGACUAAAAACACAAUCGGAGCUGGAUCAGAUUAAUGCCCAGUACUUGGAGAUCAAGUGUAGUGCCAUGAUUCUGAAGCUAAGAAUGGAGGAGCUACAGAUUUUGUCAGACACUUACACAGCUGAGAAGGUAGAGGUUCAUCGCCUCAUUAGGGAUAGUCUGGAGGGGGCCAUUCGCCUACAGGAGCAAGACAUGGAGAAAUCACGCCAGAUCUUGAGCACUUAUGAGGUGCUGGGUGAGGAGUUUGACAAGCUGGUGAAGGAGUAUACCCAUUUGAAGCAGGCAACUGAGAACAAGCGCUGGGCUCUUCAGGAGUUUAAUAAGUCUUACCAUUGAGUUUUGCAGAAACCAAGGACCUGGAUCCCUCUGCCUCAAGAGCACACAUUGUUCCUGUCCUGUUUCUCUUAUACAAGUAGUGCCUUCUCACUCUCAAAAGGGGAAAUGAAGAGACACCACUCAUAGAGUAAUAACUCUGGUGGACUAGGCAUUCUCCUAGUUUCUGUCCUGUGUUUGCAAUAACCUAGCCUCCUCCAAUUCCUCACUAGAAACAGAUUUGCACAUCUUGUGGCCUCUUAAGAAAACCAGUCCUGCCUUUUGUACAAUUGUUCCAUAAAUAAAAUGAUGAUAUGGUU